CUUACAUUAUUUAAAGUACAGUAUAUCGCAUAUCUAAUAUUUAUUUAAGAUAUAUGGAUCGGAUAACAAUAUUCUGCAAUGACAAACAACAGAUCCAUUUCUCGAAAUCUAUUUUGCGUGAAUGUAGCGAAAGAAUAAAAAUGCUAUUACGUCCUUAUUCAAAUACAUCUGUCUCUCUUUACUUACCAUACUCGUCGGAUGUUUUGCAACAAAUUAAAGAAUAUCUGGAAAAAGGACCAAAAACCAUAAAAUUAAUGCAGAAUGCAACGGACAUAUUUUGCAUAAGCAAACGAUUAAACCUACGUAAUUUAAAUAAAGAAUGUCGAAAUUUCAUGACCGAUCCGUCAAGAGUUAAGAACGUGUGUUAUGUACAUGACUUAGCAUGUCAACAGGACGAUGAAAGAUUACAAUAUUUGUGCUGGAAUAUAUUUAAUUCGAAAUGGCAAGAAAUUUUCUCAUCGAACGAAUGGCUGAACUGUCAAGCAACAACCAUGGAUAGACUCGUUCGUAGGCCAAUAAAUCCAUUUAUUGACGAAACAGACAUCUUCACAGUAUAAAUUCAAUUAUUAAAACCAUUGGUUUGGCUCAUAGAAUCCUCGAAAUCGGAAAUAGAAAGAGUAUAAUUUUUACUUGUUUUUAACUAAAAAUUUUUUAUUUUUAGUGUGUUAAUCUUCACAGUAGUUUUAAAAUGGGCCAAGAAAACAGUUAAUAAUGAAAAAGCUCUAAGGCAGGUGAUGAAACCAUUCCCUCAAUACAUAAGAUUUCUGACAAUGCCAGAAUGGUUUCUGGAAUCUCAAGUGUUCGUUGAACCGAUCUUAACGGACGUAGAAAGAGAUGCAAUCAGAUGUUACUUGCAAAAUAAGGAUUUCGAGGAGACAUGGUUUAUUCCAGAGAGUAUUUGUGACAUUACUUGUCCUAGAAAACACGAAUUACUCUCGUCCUGGUUCUCUUAUGUGAAUCGAAGUGCAUACUUUAUUAAGAAAGUAAGGAAAAUGAACACAAAUAUUCGAUUCAUAUGCGACAUAGUUGCUAAGGAAGAUUGUUUUAUCACCAAAUUGUAUCUUCCUAUAACACAUUGCAGGGAAGAAGGUAUAACUGUAAUCUUGAAUUUUUCUGCUAACUUGAAGUUACGGACAAAAUAUCGUUUGAGAACAGCAUGUAAUAUGAACGGAUGUAUUUUAUUGAGUCAUCUGCUACGGGUUCUAAAGUUUACAUAUUAUCGAUUGGUUGUUAAAAUUGAUACACAAGUCAUUGCAGAAAAUGACAUAAGAAUCAGUCCCUCGGCAAAUUACUACAAUCCAUUCGAAGGAAUUCAAAGUUUUAAAUAUUUGCAAUCUGGAUUGAAAUUGCAAGAUGAAUUGGAGUACAUCUACUUCGAUGUCGUACCCGACUUUUAAAAACUGAUACACAAAUUAAUUUU